UGUACAUUUCAUGAAAGAGUUUAUUUAAAAAAAUAUUUUUUAUCUGAAAAUAAAUGUUUAUUUUAAUUUGAAUAAAUAAAUUAAACAAUAAUUGUUUUAAUUAUUAAAUUUUAAAUAUAUAAAUUCAUGUUUAUAAAACGAAAAUUUUCAAAAAAAAAAACAUUAUCAAGCAAUUUUAAACUUGAAUAAAAUAUCAUCAUUACAUCACUCCGUGAUAAAACUUUGGCAGCAACUACUAUAACAAGUUUAAGACAUCAAUAAAGACAGCAACAUCAUCAACAACAUCAUCAACAACAUCAUCAACAACAACAUCAACAACAACAACAUCAACAACAACAGCAAAAUCAUGUCGCAACAGCAGCAGCAGCAUCAACAGCAAAAGGUAGUAGUUUCAAAAGACCAGUUAGACGACAUCAAGAGUAUUUUUGACGCGAUUGAUUCAGACAAAAAGGGUCACAUAAACGUGUCGGACAUUGGUGAGGCCCUCUCGAAAGCCGGUGUUCGCAUAGCGACCUACCAGAUUCGAGACACCAUUGAGAAGACUCGAUCGAUCGAGUCGAACGAUUUUGUCGACUUUGAGACAUUCAAAUCGUUAUACGCGCUGAUUCGGACUGAAAAUGACAUAGGCAGUACAUUUCGUUCAACGAUUUCGGCCCCGAAAGACCUGGACAACUACGGUGGCAUGUCUCCAACGUCUACCGAGGGCACCACACACACUGUCAAGAAAGAGGAACAAGUGGCUUUUACCAACUGGAUCAAUAGGAACUUGGGAUCAGAUCCUGAUUGUUCGACCUACCUGCCACUGAAUCCGCAGACCAGGGAUUUAUACAUUAAGUGCUCCGACGGAGUUAUCUUGUGCAAGCUGAUCAACAAAUCGGCACCUGCCACUAUUGACGAAAGAGCCAUUAAUAUACCUAACUCGACGAGCAAACUGAACAUAUACCAAGUGCACGAAAAUUUGACCUUGGCUUUGAACUCUGCCCGGGUCAUCGGGUGCCACCUCGUCAACAUUGGCCCGGAAGAUAUCGAAACCGGAAAACCACAUUUGGUGCUUGGCCUGCUUUGGCAGAUUAUCAGGAUCGGACUCCUCUCAGAAAUCAACCUCCACGACCAUCCGGACCUGAUCACUCUCUACCAGUCAGAGGACAUGGAUCCUCUGGCGGGCUUCCAACAACAAACCCCGGAACAAGUUCUCCUAAAAUGGGUGAACUACCACCUAGAAAGGUCAGGAACAGAUAAAAGAGUUGCUAACUUUUCAUCCGAUGUUUCAGAUUCUGUGGCGUACAUUUAUCUACUGAAGAGGAUCGCUCCGGAAAGUGCUGGUCUCACGCUGGCGCCACUGAAGGAAGAAGACGUUCACAAAAGGGCGGAGCUAACCUUGAAGCAGGCCGAUUUGAUUGGCUGCCGUAGUUUUGUGACAGCUGAAGACAUUGUUCAGGGAAACCAGAAGUUGAACAUGGCAUUCGUGGCUAACCUGUUUAACAUGUACUCAGCUAUUGAGGAAAUUAACGGCGGCGAGUUCGCGAUGAAUGGCGGAGAGGUGGUUGAGAGGAUUCUCUACAAUGAAACCAGGGAGGAGAAAAGCUAUCGUAACUGGAUGAAUAGUUUGGGCGUGACUCCGUACGUGAAUUAUCUGUACGGAGACCUGACGGACGGAUUGGUAAUCUUUCAAAUUUAUGACAUCAUCAAACCAGGGUGCGUACAAUGGUUCAGAGUUAAAAAGGUCUUCCAUCCACGUAGAAAAGUUAUGGAGAAAAUCGAAAAUUGUAACUAUGUAGUCAAACUGGGCAGAACACGCGGUUUUUCAUUGGUUGGUAUCGAUGGAAAGGACCUAUACGAUGGCAAUCAGACCUUGACAUUGGCCGUCGUGUGGCAGCUGAUGCGCGCCUACGCCCUAACUAUCCUGACCCAAUUAUCAUCGUCGGAUCAGCCAAUCAGAGAGCAGGAAAUUAUAGCUUGGGUUAACGAUACGUUAACAAAAUCCGGAAAGACAUCUCAGAUUCACGGGUUUAACGACUCCAACAUUUCCAACUCCGGAGCCAUUCUGGAUCUCAUCGAGGUUUUGAAACCCGGAAGUGUCAAUUAUGACGUCAUCAAGAAAGGAAGUAGUGAGCAGGACAAACUAGACCGAGCGAGUUACGCAAUAACAACAGCGCGCAAAAUCGGCGCGUGUGUAUACGCGCUGCCAGAAGAUGUUGUCGAAGUGAAGCCAAAGAUGCUUAUGAUGGUCUUCGCCUGUCUCAUGCAGGUCUAUCUGCAACAGACUAAAUAAACUGUGAAGUAAUUUUAUUUAAAUACAUGUUAAUUAGUAUUCCAUAAACCUACAUAUACAGUAUUAAACAUGCAUACAUAUUAAAUGUAAUUUAAUAUACUUACAUACAAAACAAACAAGAACAUAAUUUUAAUAUUAUAUAUACAAUAGUUCAAUAAAGAACAAGAAAAUGAUUGAAUGAUUGAUUGAUUGACUGAUUGAUUAGUUAAUGAUGAUUGACUGAUUGAUUGAGAUGAAUGAACGAACGAUAAAAACAUUGUUGCCUGCUGCUUCAUUCUUCAUAUUGUUUUCAUCUUUUUAAAAUCAGCCGUUUUGUUUGAACCAUUCCUGUUAAUCAUUUAAUUAGUUAAGUAAUUAGUUAAUUAUUAAACUAAUUAACUAGUUAACCAGGUUAAUUAAUUAUUCGUUAAUCAUUCUCAUAUCCUUUCAUUUGCUGCAACAUUCAAAUUAUUCAUAACGUAUUAUAAAAUUACAAUAGGUUGAUACAAAUUGCUCAUUCAUGAAUUGAAUACCAUUGUCGUUAUUUAAAUUAAAGUUAACUUUUUGAGAAACUGAGUAAGCAAAGUUUUACUAAAUUUGUUUUUUAGGGUUCUAUGGUUAUUAAAAAUCAGACUUUCUUGUUGUUUCAGUUAUACGUUGCAUGGAGCAGUUCAUAAAGUAUUGAUGUACUACAUUCAUACAUUUAUUGUCUUCUAGAGUGUUGAUUCAUGAAAAUUUUUAUAUUUCCAAGUACUUUUCAGAUAUUUUUUGCUACUACAAACUCAAAUUUUUCAUUCUUAAAGUUUAAUUUUCAACAAAAAUUGAAUUUGUAGAUUGAUCCAUCAGAAUAGAAUUUAUUUUAGCGAGAUU